GGGGAGAUGCACCUGUUGGAUUAGGUACUUCGUAAUUUAUUUUGGUACUGGAUUCUCUGCCCGUGUAUGUUCUUGCCAUCCCCCUUACCCCACUUUCAAAUCCAAGGCUACCGAGGCAGAAAGGAAGAGGUAGCGAUUUCGCAAUGGGAGAUGCCGGCGCCGAAGAGCCUCCAUUUCCCUUGACGGAGGUGGACAAGUGGGUACUGUCGCAAACCGACGAGGAGUACAGGUACCACGAUUGGGAAGAGCUACGGCAAAUCAUUGAGACGAACAACCUCUCGGUCCUCAAAAGGAAGCCAUCCGAUUUGCGUCGAUACAUGAAAUGGACUGCAGAGACCAAAGCUCAGUAUGGGAGCAUGACCAAGUAUCUCAUGGUCCAUCGCUUGCCCAAGAGCUGGGGAGCCACACCUUUCCAACCAGCAUCUGUCAUCCCCUUCCAGGAUCCGUCAGACUAUCGCGUCCUCGUCAAUGACUGGCCAUAUGGCUUUACCCAAGGAAUCAGCCACAUAGUAGUCUGGUCACGAACUAUCAUCCCAACCGACCCAGAGUCGGGCGACAUGACCCCAGAGAGCAGGAAAACCGUCGAGAGUUUCGUGGAGAGCUAUUUCGUCAAGAGCAUCGGGCCCGGAGGUGAACAUCGAGUGAUGUGGUUCAAGAACUGGGUUGCUUUGCAGAGCGUCAGGAAUCUGGAGCACAUCCAUGUGUUGGUGAAGGACGUCGAUCCUGCUCUCCUGGCGGAGUGGACGAAAGAAGAGGAGUACCAUAGACGAUAGGUGGACUCGAGGUAUGGCAAGGCCCCGGAUAUGGAGUGACGACGGGACACAACUGUCAGGCCCCUUGCCAGGCAGUUGUGGCGGCCAGGAUGAACGCCUAAGCCGCUCUUCUCUGCUUCCGAUUACCUGCCGGUUCGUCGGUGCCCAUGCCGUUCAAUUGACCCAUUUGCCUUGCGGCUCCCAUCAAGCCGUAUCCCUUGUAGGCUCCGUAGGCGGGCACUACAGCCCACAGCAGCCAGAACCAAUUCCCGAAAAAGAUGACCAC